UGUGCAAUUAGUAAAGAAUUUAGCAGUACUUAUUUAUUUUUGUCUGCUGUUGUGAUUUUAUUCCAAUUUUUGUAUGCUGAUGCACUCUCGGUGCAUCGUCGAAGGGGCAGGAGAUGCAAAGUGCAUGUUGGCGGAGUAUCAAGGUCUUUUAGGGGUACGAGAUCGGAUCUGGUAUAUAAAACGACGAGUUUCACUUAUUCUGCGAUCACUCCUAUUCUUCUCUCCUUCCAUCAAAGUUUCAACAUGUUCGUUGUUCAAACUCUCAUAUCAUUGGCAUAUUUUGCUGUAUUGACAAGAUGUCAAUAUCAACGGGAACACCAACAAGCAGCGAUUUUAAGCGAUGCGAGAUAUUUAUCAGGUGACGGGACAUUUGGUGCAGCCUACACCCAAGAAGAUGGUGUUGAAUUUAAAGAAGAAAGUGACGUUAACGGUGACCGUCGGGGAUCCUAUUCUUACGUCGACCCAACUGGACAAAGGCGUACAGUAACUUACACAGCUGGAAAGAAUGGUUUUCAGGCAAGUGGCGAUCAUAUUCCUGUUCCACCAGCACAAAUACCACCGCAACCUGAGUACGUGCCAUUACCAGAGUAUAAUCCUCCUGACUAUAAACCACCAGCAGCACAAGUACCAGCUUAUAGGACUCCUCCAUCUCCCCCACCACCAGUUUAUAGGCCAGCUCCUCCAACCAGCCAGUAUCAAACACGAGCUGAACCGGAAUACGACCCACGAGCCGUCUAUCAAGCCCACCAACCCCAACCCCAAUAUCAAUAUCGUCCACAGACACGAUACACAUCACCGGAAAUCCAAUCUAUACCCUCGUUUAACCCCCGACCACAGUAUCAACCUACCCCAGGAGCACCUAUUCAAAGAUACAACGAUAUUACAACCCCACCAUCAGCCAAUAGAUUCUAUCCGCCCGGUAAACUUAGUUUCAACAGGACACCCGAUGGAUUUUCUUACACAUUUAGCAAAAGUUAGAAAAGAGAACAAACCUAAUUCUAAUUAAAAAUUACUAACAAUAAGUCUAAAUACUUGAAUAGUUUUAUUAUGCACAAAUGUAUCGUAGAGAGAGUCAGUCGAGUGCAACAACAACAACAACGACCUUGAUACAUGAUCUUAAACUGAUUAAGAAAAAUCUACUUUAUUACCGAGAAUAUUAUAUAAUCUACUUAUUUUAUUCAUACGCGGAUUUUUUUUUCGAAAUCUUCAGAGACCACGCCCCGUAUUUCCUAGGAUUACCAUUCUCUCUCUCUCUCUCUCUCUCUCUCAUCAGGUCAAACUCACUUUCAUCCUGUAACCUUUUACCAAGAUUUCGUAAUGAACUACUUACACUCCUGGGAACUUUGUGAUCCUAACGCGUUUAUGUUCAUCUACAAAUACAUUGCUACAGUGCACGAUGUAUCACGAUGCUUGUCCAACAUUCCUAAUCCAAAUGUUAUUCGAAUAAAUCACAUGGUACUUUGUACAAAAAUGUAAUAUUAUGUAAUUUCCUUUAGAUUGAAUGUAUCUAAUGAAAAUAAUAAUGAAAUUGAAAAAGAGAUGAAACUUGGAAUGUUAUUAAAAUACCAAAGAAUUCUAUUAAGACAUCUAAAUUUUCAACCUGACGAAUGAUAAACGUUUUUAAUCUUGUUUCAAUAUCUAAUAUCAUUUUUAUCUCGAUCUAAAAUAAUAGAUCAAGUAAAGGACACAUGUGAGACACCGUUAGAAACUAGCGGAAGGAAAGUGAGAAAUCAUUUGUUGACUCAUGAAUACUAAUCAGGGUCACGUUUAACAUAUAAUGCGUUAAGUGCAAAUCUCGGAAUAACAUGAAACUUUCUUAUGGGGGGG